ACCAGUGGUAGUUGAAUGUGGACAUGGGUGGACAGCUCUGAUAAUUUAUAAACGUAACAAUGGCUGCGCAGAUUUAUUAAAUGGAAAAAUAUUAAAACGAACGCGAUGAAAUUCAUAGAAAAUUAUUCGGUUUGUCAGUGGUAUUUGCGGGAAUGUUCACAAUGUUUCACGUGGGUUUUGGGUAAUUUAAUUCGAUGUACGCGAAUGGAAUGUAAAUUUCAUUGAUUUCGGGGGAAAUUGGGUGGCUGUGGAGUUUCGGAGGGAUUUUAUCUGACAGUUUUAAUUGACAUUAAAUAUGGAAUUGUUUCGAAGUGACACUCAUUUCAUUUUCGUACAGGAGAAGCACAAUCUCUGGUGUGAUAAAGCAACUGGAGAAUUGUCAGCCAAAGAUGAUUGGGAAUGGGCAACAGCAAAUAAUUUGGAAUGUCUCGGAAUCUGUCAUGGAAUAAUUGGAAAAAUCGAGCAAACAUCAUUCAUGGAACCCAGACUGAUGUUGAUAAAGGAGAUAUCAACAGUUGGUGAACUCUACGGAAAUCGUAUUGUCCAUAAAAUUAAAUCUGUCGCUUUUCUUCAAAUUGGUUCAGAGAAUUAUGAUCUGGGACUGACCCCCUGUAAGAAGCACGGUGGCAUGUCCAAGCUCUCGAUGGGAAGUUCACUCGAUGCUCCCCAGAAGACGGGAUUCAUGAAGACCUGGGGGACAAUAAAGAGUGCAACAAAUACCAUAAAAAAUACCACUCAACAGGCCGCAGCACUAGCCACAUCACAAGUCAAAUCGACGGUGAUCAAACGAAGUAUUGGAAAGGACAAAGAGAAAUUUGAGAAGAGAAUUAUUGAGGAGUUGAACAAAGUAUUCGGAGAGACAGACUCCUUCUUCUUCUGUCAGACUGGAGACAUCACGAACUGUUUGCAAAGACAACGAGAGAAGAAGGCAAAGGCAAAGGAGAUGGGGGACGAUGACAAGUGCCUCUGGAAGACUGUCGAUGACAGAUUUUUUUGGAACAAACACAUGCUCCAUGAUCUCAUUAGUUUAAACAGUGACGCUGCAAAUCACUGGAUUCUGCCUAUCAUUCAAGGAUACAUUCAGAUUGAAAAAUGCAAAGUUGAAGUUGGGUAUGAUAAUCAGCCUCAGUAUGAGACCUUCAAUCUCGCCAUCAUUUCGAGAAGAAGUAGAUUUCGUGCUGGCACCAGAUACAAAAGGCGGGGGGUGGACGAGGCGGGAAAGUGUGCCAAUUAUGUGGAGACAGAACAAUUGGUUUGGUAUCAUGAUCAUCAAGUGUCGUUCGUUCAAGUACGUGGGAGUGUUCCAGUCUACUGGUCUCAGCCAGGAUACAAAUAUAGACCUCCACCUCGUAUCGACAGAGAUGAAGCAGAGACACAAAUUGCCUUUGAAAAGCACUUUGAAGAGGAAUUGUCGCACUACGGUCCCAUCUCCAUCGUAAAUUUGAUAGAACAAAGUGGAAAAGAAAAAAUUAUCUGGGAUGCUUACAAUAAUCACGUUAUAAACUACAAUAAUCCAGACAUAACAUACACAACAUUUGAUUUUCACGAAUACUGCAGAGGAAUGCAUUUUGAAAAUGUCUCGAUCCUUGUAAAUGCUCUCAGUGGAGUUUUGACAGAAAUGGGCUACUGUUGGCACGACAUUCAAGGCCCAAUUUGCUCCCAAAAGGGAGUAUUCAGAAUUAAUUGCAUCGAUUGCUUGGACAGGACGAAUGUCGUUCAGACUGCGCUCGGUAAAACUGUAAUGGAAAUGCAGUUUUCGAAAUUGGGAUUAAUUCCACCUGAUGGAACGUUACCAACAAAUCUCAGACAGACUUUUCAGUUGUUGUGGGCCAACAAUGGGGAUAUUAUUAGCAAACAAUAUGCCGGAACAAAUGCGUUGAAGGGAGAUUACACGAGAACUGGUGAGAGAAAAUUCACAGGGCUUAUGAAAGACGGUGUAAACUCAGCAAACAGAUAUUACCAGCAACACUUUUUGGAUGCGACGAGACAGGCGGCGAUCGAUCUGACAGUCGGUAUUCAGGUCGACGUUGAGGGAUUGAGGGACGAUUGGUUGCAUUACUUACAAAUAAUCAACAAUUGUUGUGUUGAAUUAAUACCCGUUAAACCACCGAAUUUACGAUUAUUUAUCGCUGAAUAUCCAGAUAUUCUAUUUGCAAGUCUCGUAUUCAAUAUAUCCAGGUACUAUUUAAACCGCUUCAAGGACGUCUACAGACAGGCGAGCAUCGACCUGAUGUCAGGUCACUCGGUGAACGAAGAGAUAUUCCACGAGCGCAACGAAGAAGAGGACAACGCAGCGACAGCAUUUCAUGUUAAACUUCUCAUCGAGGACUGCAAAAAGCUCCUGAUCCCCGAUCCCGAAGUCAUUCUGGGGAGUUGGGGCCUCAUUGAUGCUGAUCCAGUGUCAGGUGAUCCCAGUGAAACCGAAAUGGACUCGAUUCUGAUUCUCACAAAAGACAGUUAUUACGUCGCCGAUUACGACGAUCAGAUCGACAAAGUAACCAAUUAUCAGAGAGUUUCACUGUCCGACAUUGUUAUGAUUGAGUUUGGCCAGCCAGACACUGGUGUUACCCUCUUCAAGAACAAACAUCACCACUGCAUAAGAAUAAAUUACAAAAUGGCAAGUGAAUACGGUUAUUUUCACAUGUUCAGAAGUACAAAUCUUCGAUUUUUUAAUAACAUGGCAGUUGUCAUUAAAACUGAUGAGGAGACAGUGGAGUCCAUGAAGGCUAUCUGCGAGACAUUUUCAGUGGCAGUUGAAAUAGCAUCACUACCGAAAAUUCCCAUCGCAAUGAAUGUACCCCUGGACAAACGAACGAGUAAACCAGUCAAGGCUAAAGGAUCGACAGUUUUGUUGGACAUCACAUCCUUCCCCCAGAUCACUAGGAACGUCUCCGAGACUCAGUUGCUGGCCCUGAAGAGCGCUGGCACGAAAGCUCUGAGCAACAUGUCAGAGCAGUUCAGCAAAUUGAACAAAUUGGGAUCGACUUUUGGUGGGAAAAAAUCGGAUAAAUCGUCCACGAAACUCUCAGACUCGGGGAAGAGGACGACCUUCACAGUUGGUAAUUACGAUUUAGCUGGUAAAAGAAGUGCUCAUCCUGAUGACGGUCACAGCAGUGGUGGUAGCAGUGGAAGUAGUCCAGUACCUCAGGAAUUCACUGGUGUUGUGGAGGGAAAUUCUGGUAAUUAUUACAGCAAAGUUGAUGUGGCAAUUGAUGGACUGCAACUUGUGUCGUCCGAGGGUGACAGAUCACCACCGGAAAUCACUAUUCAGGGAGCUGGGGAGAGUGAGAGGGAGGAAAGGGAGAGGGCUGUUCCACCUACGACCUUGAAUUUAACCAAGAACAUCAGCCAUUCGUCGAGUGAAGUCGAUGGGAAUGUCAAGCCAGGUAAUUACAUGGAUAUCGAGACAUCGGGGGAGAAAAAACGCAGCAGCUCUGAGCAGGAUCUCACUGUCAAUAAUAUAACUUCGUCGCAGAGUGAAUCGGCCAUUAAAUCGUUGAAGACAAAUGUUGCUAGUGCAGCAUCACCUGUGGCAAAUACUGCGAAGGAAAUUCUAUCUCCAUUUUCUAAGUUUGCUAAGGGGGUGCAGACAUUUGGAGCCAAUUUGGAUCCACGAAAAUUGAAGGGUGGCCAGCUGUCCGGUAAUAGGACACUGUCGGAUCAGCAUUUGAAUGAGAGACAGAAGCUCAUUGAACGCUGGCAGAAUUGUCGCUCCACUCUCAUCGCUUUAUAGGCAAUUAUUUGUGUUUUUAUUUUUAUUUUGCGAUUACGUCUCCACGAUCGGUUUCGUAGGACUCAUAUCCUGAAGUAUUCGGUGGUUAGGGUGAUAAGGGGGGGGGGGAUUCCAGGGUUGAAAUUCGAGUUAAUCAAGUGACGUUAGAAGAGUUCAAAAAUUGUUUGAGUAAUUUAUGAUGCGUUAAUUGCAGACAAAUGACGGCGUCAGGAGGAUGAAUUUUUUUGGAUGUAACGAUUAUCGUGAAUUACUCGAUUAUUUUUAAGCUCGAGGGGUGGUUUUGGGGGUAUUUUUCUCCAUUUGAGUUGCAGAUAAGAUUUAAAUUUAAUUUUUAAUGUUGAAAAACGGAAAAUUAUAAUUAAAAGUAGUUCGGUUUUGUUAGUAAAUUCGAAAAUUGUUGAAAAAUAGUCGAAAUUGUUAGAAAACUCAGUCACAUUUGGAAUUAUUAUUGUUUUCCGUAGUUUAAUUAUCGUUUUUGGUGAAAAAAAAUUGAAGAAUCUGAAUUUUUGGAAAGUAUUUGAAGGGAAACCUGGGGGAUGUGAGAGAAUUGUGGAGACAAGAGAUGAUACAGUAAUACUCGUCACACCUGGUUUAGAGUAUUAGAAUCCUGGAACACUCGGCACCCCUAGGAGUGUUCCGGGAAAUUAUAUCGCCUUAGUCAAUUAUGUACAUAUUCAUUAUUUAGAUCAAUUUAGUUGUGGAUCCUGUGAGGUACCGUAAUAGAUCAAUCGAUAUGAAGGUCGAGCUGAGCACUUCGUUGAGUGCUAGUCGAUGCCAGGUCGAUUAGUUCGUUUUGUGCUACUUAAAGAGAAAAUUUCAUUUUUUAUUAUCACGAGGACAGGAUUGAGUAAUCGAAAUAUUGAGAUUCGAAAAUAGAUUAUUUUUACAAAAUCGAUUUAUGAAAAUUUAUUCAUAUCACUGGAGGUGAAGCGGUAUUUUGGAAAUUCAUAUCGUUAAAAUCAUGUUAUAAAUGAUCGGCUAGUAUCGGCUAGAUGGACCGAAUGCACCAGUCGAUCCCCUAUCGAUUGCCCAUCGACCGAUCCACCAGGACGGGCAUCAAUCCAGAUGAAAGAUGGAUUUCCCAAGAGAAAAUGUUACGAGAUAAAAACGAUAAAUCGAGGAUUUUUCCUCUGAAAAUUAGAUCAUUAGAGUUAUGUAUCGAGAUAGAAUUGCUUUAACUUUCCAUUUAUCAUCGAUUAUGGAGAGUUUUCAGCCUGUGAUACAUUUGUCAAACGAUAAUUUAUUUGAUUUCAGAUAUUUAUCUGGAUUGAAUUCACCUGAAAAGUGAGAAAUAUUUAUUCAACAGUUUUCACACAAUUUAAGCAUUAAACGACAGUAUUUUUUACCUUUAUGUUUAUCGUUAUUAAUCCAUUGUUUAUGUCAAUGUGAAUAGCAUUGUUCCACUGAAGUAUUUCAUACAACGCUUAAGAUGUUAGAGAAUUUGUUUUUAAGACGUUUUUUGAACGAAAUGUGAAAAAACGCGGUGAAGGUCGCGUUAAUAAUCAGCAAAAAAUUGAUAAUUUUAUAUGAGAGCUCAAAAAUAUUAUCUCUCGACCUUUUUCCUACUUUCAAAAUUCCGUAUCAUCCAGCAAAUUUCAUUUCUCUUCCCUGGAGCUCAUUUAAAAUUUCCCAAAAAAUGUUCGUCACGCUGUUACAAAAAGUAACUUUUUAAACCGACUUGACGUACCUUAAAUACGUCUUUCCCACACAUUGUGAUGAUAAAAAAAUAUUGUUCGAUACUCGAGGGAAAAGUAUUUCUUUUUGGGCCAGACCUCCCACGAGACGAAAUAUUGUUUUUCCCAUUCGUAAUGAAAUGUUGUAUAUCGACGUUGUCUCUCGAUAAUUACUCGUUACGAGAAUUACGUCAAUUAAUUUGAUAGUAGAAUUAUAAUUGUUAUGUUUUACCAUUCCCUGCCAAAAUCAUUUGAAGGAAUUACUCGUGUUGUUAUAGAGAUAUCGCACAAGUAUUUUGUAGAAAUGUCAACACACAUUGUGACUUCUAAUGUAUCAACGUGAAGAGAUUAUUAAAUAAAGAGAAACUAUUAUUGAA